AUGAAGAUCCGUCAUACCAGUAAGCAGCACGCUUCGCGUUGUCAUGCCUGGGCUCAGGAACCGCUCCUGGCGAUUCGCUGUGGGGAAGCAGCCCCAGUCCGCAGCUCGCCGUCGGCGGGCGGGGUAACGCCGGGGUGCUCCGUGGCCGGCGCUGCACGCCAGCGCCCCGUGCCCGCUCCGCGAGAGGCUGAGGGAGAGUAUUAUGCAAGAGGAGAUGCUGAAAAUGCAAUGCGAUAUAUCAAUGGAACCAGACUUGAUGAUAGGAUCAUAAGGACAGACUGGGAUGCAGGAUUUAAGGAGGGUAGACAGUAUGGUCGUGGAAGAUCAGGGGGCCAGGUCCGAGAUGAAUAUCGGCAAGACUAUGAUGCUGGAAGAGGUGGCUAUGGCAAAACUGUUCAAUGCCAGUGAAUAGUGAAUGACUCACCAGCCUCACGGGAGAACUAAAUCUGCAUUGUAAAUGUCACCAGGCACAAAGUAGGUCUGUUGCACGCAAAUUUAUGUAGCUAGAAAUUCACAGAAACUACUAUCCGUGUUCCUGUGAUCACAUAAUAUGUUCAAUAUCUCUUCCGUUUUAAUACCAGGA